UAAGGCUUUUCGUUAUUUUUCAAGUCUCAAGAACGAGGGAGACAAUUUUUCUGAGCUUUUAGCUGAUGAGAGAUGAAGGUGAUCGUUGUUUGACGUUCAAAUUUCCUUCUUACUUCAAGAAAACCGUGUUCGUUCGUUCGUUCGUUCGUUCGUUCGUUCGUUUGUUUGUUCGUUCGUUCGUUCGUUCGUUCCUACAAUUCCAUUUCUGAUCCGUGGAAAGCGAGACAAAUUGCAUUUUCAGUCGCGUUUGUUCACCUCUUCCUCAAUUCCGAUUUUAAUCUCUUGACACAGGUGUAGAAAGUGGAUAGUGCAAACUUGAAGAGCUCAUCCUUCCAUAAACUCCACCUUCAACAUGGAUCCAAAAGUUGAGCAGACAGUGCAACUGGUGGAAUCCGUCUCUGAUAAGCAUCCUGAUCUUUUGAGGCCAUCUGCCCGAAUUUGUUCCAUAUUCAAAGGCCAAGAAAAAGAUGCGUGUGACCAUACAAAGAACAAGUAUACUCUUCUCAAAGAUGUCGAGGAUUUGCAAAUAGGUCUAUAUGACAAGCCUCUUCCGUGUUUUGGCUGUGGUAUUGGAUGGUUCUCUUUCCUUCUCGGGUUUUUGUUCCCAAUAAUGUGGUACUAUGCCACAAUUCUCUACUUCUGGAACGUCCGCAGAGAUCCCAGGGAACGAGCUGGUUUAGCUGCGUCUGCCAUUGCUGCAUUUGCUUGUUCGGUCAUCUUGUUAGUCAUCGUAGCUGUUCUCCUAUUAUAGCCCCCCCUGUCUCCUCGACUCGCACUGCAUUCUCUUUGCCCCUUCAGCCUUGGCAAUACAGUCCCAAACAGAACAGCUUCCGUGGAUAUGAACAUAAAGAUCAAGGGGCUCUGUUGCGGGACAAUGGUGAUUUCUUUUACUUUUCUUUACAUCAAAUGUAAAUGUUUAUAAAUCAUAUUUACAUAUAUUUGCCACCUCUUUCAAGAGAGAGUUGUCACAUUUGUAUCACACAAAGAACAUAUAAUAUAUCGAUCUUGUUUUAUCCCAAGUUUACGUAACCUAAUAAACAAAACAAUCUACAUUUCUCGACUUU